CCUGGUGUGGGAAUGUGGGUUUAGAGUAAGACUGAAGGAAUAGAUUUACACCACUAAGUGCAAGAAGCACGUAAAUCAUAAAUCGUCGCUUAACUGGUAGGGUAGUAUAGUAUUGAAGUAUGACAUAGUUUACUAUUGUUGUGUGAUCACAGUCAAAGUUAGCACCGGUAUGUUAUGUGCGCAGAAGGUAGAUAAGCUGCCUGUUUUGCUCUGUGCGCGUCUUUUGUUGGCUGUGCUUCACACAUGCUAUGCCGGGUAGAGCGCUCGGUAUGAGCGGAAUAAAAGUAUGCUAUGCUGCUACUCACCGUCUCGUGGAUUAGACAACAUAUUGGCGACGAGCUGGACGUACGAUCCACCAUCUCCGGAAAGAAUUCUCAGGGUAGUACAGUAACAACUUCGAGGGAUAUGGCAACACGCAUUGCUCAAGAUAUUCUGUGACGAGCAACAAUCGGGGAAGCACCUGGAACAGAACAACCUCAAGGAACAGGACACAGUCACCCAUGCACAAGCAAGUGUGAAAAACGAGGCUUCAUCUUCAAAAAACAGGUACCCCUCUCUGGCGUGCCUUCUGUCCUGACUGGGAACCCGCGAAGACGGCCUCUCUGAGGACCCCCGAAGACAGGCCCUCUGGGGACAAACACCAACAGUUUACUCCCCACGAAGGAAGAGGCGAGAGAUCCUUGUGUCCUCGAGUGAUCAAGCUCCAGCCCCUCGGAUUCACAACCUGAAGAGAUGCAGCUCUCAUCAGAGUUCAGUGGUCAGAUCGUGAAAGUGAAAUCGGAACCACCCGAUUUUGCCUGCCUGCCAGAAGAGGGCCAGGUACAGCAACAGCAGUGCAACGAGCUUUCACCAGGAGGUGAUGCUGAUGCAGUGACAUCUGGUACGUGUCACAUUAAAGAAGAACGUCGAGAGGAAUCUUCCAAUGAACAUCCAAUCAUAGAAGUGAAGACAGAGCCUUACAAUGUUGCAAUCAUAACAGAGCUGGACCAGAUGACACGCAACUGUGAUUCAAUACCUGAAGACGCAAGAGGGAACACUGAUACGCUCCAUAUUAAGGACAAGCCUAAAGGCACUUGUGAUCAAGAAUACUCUAGUUGCGCUUCUUCAGGUGCACAGUUCAGCACAACAACAGUUGAACUGCAGCCCGACGGCACUGCACUGUUCACUAGGAAUGACCAACCCGCUGAGCGACAUCGAGACCAGAGCAAGCCACGUGCACUCGCAUGCAUGUCGAAUGCCAGCCUCGAAUGCCACAUGUUUGCAGAGUGUCACAAUGAGUCUGAAAAGUGUUCCACUCCUCCUCCGACGGAUAUACAGAUGGGAGAGAAGGGUUCUGGGUGCAACAUCUAUCCCUCUGCAUUCUCGUGGUCACGAAGUGACGACAACCAUGUGGCGAAGCAUACUGAGAAGAGGCCAUACAAGUGCGAUGUCUGCCCUGCGGAGUUCAGUCAGGGCGGGCACCAACGGCAGCACAAGCGAGCCCACACGGGCGAGAAGCCAUACAAGUGCGAUGUCUGCCCUGCGGAGUUCAGUCAGGGCGGGCACCUACGGCGGCACAAGCGAGCACACACGGGAGAGAAGCCAUACAAGUGCGAUAUCUGCCCUGCGGAGUUCAGUCAGGGCGGGCACCUACGGCGGCACAAGCGAGCACACACGGGAGAGAAGCCAUACAAGUGCGAUGUCUGCCCUGCAGAGUUCAGUCAGGGCGGGCACCUACGGCAGCACAAGCGAGCACACACGGGAGAAAAGCCACACAAGUGCGAUGUCUGCCCUGCGGAAUUCAGUCAGGGCGCGAACCUACGGCAGCACAAGCGAGCACACACGGGAGAGAAGCCAUACAAGUGCGAUGUCUGCUCUGCGGAGUUCAGUUGGGCCGGAAACCUACGGCAGCACAAGCGAGCACACACGGGAGAGAAGCCAUACAAGUGCGAUGUCUGCCCUGCGGAGUUCAGUCAUAGCGGGAACCUACGGCGGCACAAGCGAGCACACACGGGAGAGAAGCCAUACAAGUGCGAUGUCUGCCCUGCGGAGUUUAGUCAGGGCGCGCACCUACGGCGGCACAAGCGAGCACACACGGGAGAGAAGCCAUACAAGUGCGAUGUCUGCCCUGCGGAGUUCAGUCAGGGCGGGCACGUACGGCAGCACAAGCGAGCACACACGGGAGAGAAGCCAUAGAAGUGCGAUGUCUGCCCUGCGGAGUUCAGUCAGGGCGUGCACCUACGGCAGCACAAGCGAGCACACACGGCAGAUAAGCCAUACAAGUGCGAUGUCUGCCCUGCGGAGUUCAGUCAGGGCGUGCACCUACGGCAGCAGAAGCGAACACACACUGAAGAGAAGCCAUACAAGUGUGAUGUCUGCCCUGCGGAGUUCAGUUGGGGCGGAAACCUACGGCGGCAUAAGAGAGCACACACGGGCGAGAAGCCAUACAAGUGCCACCUCUGCCACGCAGAGUUCAGCCGCAGCGGGCCCCUACAGCAGCACAAGCGGGCACACACGGGGGAGAAGCCAUACAAGUGUGACGUUUGCCACGCAAAGUUUAGUUACAACGGGAAUCUACAGCAGCACAAGCGGACACACACGGCUGAGCAGCCAUAAAAUUGCAACCUCUGUCCUGCAGUGUUCAUCCACAACCCAAACUUGCGGUGUGAAACAUGUGCAGUCCCUGUCGUGUAGAAUAUCACAAGCAGACAGCCUGCAGUGAGAAACCACAAAGGAGCGUUCUCUGUUCUGCAAAGCUGAGGCACAGCACAAACCUGCAGUGAAACAAGAAGACCUACAUGGAUGUGAAGCCAUACAAGUGCAACCUCUGUGCUGUAGAGCACGAACGCACAAAGUUAGAGAAGCCGCUGCUAGAGCUAGUUCAGCCAGAGCAUGAACCUGUGACCUAACAUGCAGCCACGACACACUUGGGAUGGUGACCAUACAAGUGCUUAGAGGCCGCGUACACUUUAAAGUGCACCAGUCCUGGGCUGUCGCAUGUCCUUGAUGCAGACAUCUGAAGGAGCACAUGCUAAUGCACAGAUAGGCGAACGCUAUUCCGAUGCGAUCUGUAUUCCGCCGUAGUUUACUUGUGUUUCACAUUUAUGAAACUCUCACUCACGAACAGGCAGAGGGUAAAAGGAGGUGGCGACACAUGUGAAACGUAAACAAACAAACAAACAAACAACAAAGUGACAGCCAUACAAUGGCUCUGAACUGCUAACCAGUGUUUACUUCCAUGAAAAACAUGCAUUGCAUUGCUUCCGUUUUGCCUCUGUGUUCCUUUCUUUAUUCCUUUCCUCUGUUUAUGAUGAAUGCUUCGUUUACGCCCUGCAUCUCCUCACCUGAUGACAUAAACGAAUAAGUCAACCCAAAGAAAUAAAAGAAUAUUUCUACAAGA